UUGAGUAUGAGGGCACUUCCAGAUCAUCCACGACGGUGGUCGGCCUGCUAGCAGCUGUUUCUGAUCAUCAGCAAUCCGUAAUCUGUCGCCCCCUGACACUGAGAGGACAAGGACUGAACUGAAGACUGAAGAGAUAGGAUUAUUUUACACUAGACGUAUCUGAAGAGUCAUUCUGGGGUGAAACACCAGAGGUGAGCAUCUAUAAAGACAUUCAUCUUUCCAUUCUCAAACCCAGAGACUGUGGACUGUGUUCCAGCUUUAUCUUUGAAAGGAGACGACAUACGUUUUGUCAUCCGGCUUAGUAAAGAGUCCAUUUUCACCAUCAGUCUAUGGAAUAUACAGAUGACAAGUGAACAAGAUUCAAUCUGUCUGCAAACAGCCUUGUGCCCAUAACUCGACUUCUGUUAGGAAGAUACAACAGGAGCUGCAGUUCAAUCACCUUAUUCUCCACUGAGGUGUCAACAAACCUUCAGCUCUUCAGAAUCCUUAGGACAUCAACAGUCUGACUCCAUUCCAGAUCAUUGAUCUGAAACACACACAAUAACCACAGAACCAUAUAUCAACAUAAAGCUUCGGCUGAAGUGUGAAGGCCUCUGAGGCUCGAUGACUGUCAGCCCGCCAAGAAGUUCUGGCAACUAAUCACACAUCCUAAAAGCAGAAGAGACAGGAAGUGUUCUCAGGUAAAGCGGCAGAGCGAUCAAGAACCUGUCAAGCAUCACCACUAAAUUGCCAGCUGUUUACUCAUCAGUUGAUAGAGAGACAAACACACACCUGUCGGAUCUUUAUCAGACACCUGUUGGUCCACAACCAUUAAAGGUUCUUCGGACUAGUCAUGGCUGACUGGAGUCUACUCGGGAACUUUCUAGAAGAAGUCCAGGAACAUUCCACCUCGGUGGGAAAGGUAUGGCUCACCAUUCUUUUCAUCUUCCGGAUCCUGGUCCUGGGCACGGCCGCCGAGUCCUCGUGGGGCGACGAGCAGGAAGACUUCACCUGCGACACGGAGCAGCCCGGCUGUGAGAACGUUUGUUACGAUCGAGCCUUCCCCAUCGCGCAUAUCCGCUUCUGGGUGCUCCAGAUUGUGUUCGUCUCCACGCCUUCUCUCAUCUACAUGGGACACGCGAUGCACAUUGUCCGCAGAGAGGAGAAGAGGAGGAAAGAGCAGGAAGAAGAAGGAGCGCAAGGAGACCGAGAUGGAGAGAAGUACCCAGAGGAAGACAAGAACUGUGGGAAGGAGGACGAAGGUGGAGGUGGGAAGGUGCAGUUGAAGGGAGCUUUGCUACAAACAUACGUACUCAGCAUCCUCAUCCGCUCUGUAAUGGAAGUGAUCUUCAUCAUAGUCCAGUACAUGAUCUAUGGAGUCUUCCUCAAUGCGCUCUACGUGUGUAAGGCACUUCCGUGUCCGCAUCCGGUCAACUGCUACAUCUCGAGACCUACGGAGAAGAACGUGUUUAUUGUGUUUAUGCUGGUGGUAGGAGCUGUAUCGCUGCUGCUAAGUAUCGUAGAACUGUAUCAUUUGGCGUGGAAGCAGUUUAAGGGUUGUUUGCAAGGAUACAAGGCUUCCAAACAGCGACCGAAUACACCUUCAACCGUGGCUGCAGUCUCACCAAACCAGUCCACACCCAACCGAGCCUGCACUCCACCUCCCGACUUCAACCAUUGCUUGACAUCUCCACCAUCUUCCCCUACCAUACAGACACACGCACACUCGCUUUUACACCCAACCUGCCCGCCUUUUCACGACCGGCUGGAGCACCAGCAAAACUCGGUGAACAUGGUCACUGAACGCCAUCGAGGUCAAGACUACCUGGGGGUCAACUUCUUGAGCUUCUCGCAUACACCUACAGAGACGCCCAACUCUUGCGUCUCGCCUUCGUUUCUAAGCGGUGAUUAUGUUGAGGACAAGCGAAGGUUUAGUAAGAGCAGCGGGACCAGCAGCCGCAUGAGACCGGACGACCUUGCGGUAUAGCACUGACCGGUCACAUCUGGAAGAGGGUCGUCUAGUGCGACUAGUCAGAAAUCUGCAAUAUGAUUUUGCACUUGACCUAACAUAUUUACUUUAUUGCUGUCUGAUAGACUGAGCCAGAAAAUUCACAGAUGCACAAAUGUGAGUGAGUGAUGCAUAAGGAAAACCAUUCAAUAAAUAUAUUCGUUUACAUGAAAUCAAAAUUUAGAAACUUCUCACACUCUGAAAAUCCUUUUGUCACUUUGCAUUUGGACAAAUGCAUUGGAAACAAAAUCUACACCACAGUUUCACUGUAAUAAUCUACUAUAAUAUAGUGUUGCACCAUAAUGCACUGAUGACGUUUUUUUCCCUUCUUAUUAUUGGUUUGUAUUUUAUAUUUGCUGAUCUUAGCAGUAUUUAAAUAUUCUGGACAUUUCUUACUUCGUCAAACGUAUUUCUGAAAUGGAAAAUGGACGCUGAGCUAACCAUUUGAAAUGGACGUUUUGCAUUUUGAACACUUACUGUGAAUUCGCAACCCUUUUUGAUUUUGUAAAAAAAAGGAAAACGGAGAGAGGCAAAUGCAAUGGGAAAUAUUAUUGCAAAAAUGAAAACAUCACUGUAAAUCCAGGGACUGUCAUCACAGCCGAGCUCUGAAGAAACAGUUGCAUCUAAUUUGAUCAAAAACAAAUCAGCUGACACUUAAGCGUGAUUUAAACUUAGAGAAUCUGGAGUGAAGAGCUCUUGAACUGAGCCCAACGGUGUAUACUUAGCCUGAAAAUAUGAAAGAAAAAAGGAAUGUAAACCAAUGUUGUGGUUUUACCCUUUGCGGUCAUAUGUUUGUUAAAACAGAUGUGUUUGUUCUUAAUUUUAUGAAUCAGAUUUUUUAAAUGUUAGUUAUGUUUUACAUACUCCAGUAAAGAUAAAAUAAAAAACUAAGA